AUGGAAUUAUUAUUAGCUGAUAAAUUAGGUUAUCCUAAAGGUUUUAACGGCUUUGAGUGGUCUAGCUUGCCUGGCGAUGGAAUCAAAAAAAGCCAAAUGCCCAGCUACUUGGUUGAAGACUUGCCAAACACAGAUGGGUUUUCAAUAAGGCAAAAAUUUAAAGAAGUUAGUUUCGCAGAGGCUCCCAAAAUAGAAUUCUUCAAGCCAUUCAUAAAAUCUAAUUACGAAAUAUUUAGAAAAGAUCAACAAAAAAAAUAAAAAAUAAAGCAAUUAAGGUAAAUGAAAAAAGAUGAAAAGUAUAUGAAAAAUUUUAUUAAGAGAGAAGAACUAAAGUAAUAUAGUGUUGACUUACAAUAAAGCGUGAAUUAAGAUACAUGUUAUAUGAGUUAGAAUUAACAAUCUGAGAAUGUAUUAGAUAAAUUUAUUUCAUUAACUCCUACGAUUUAGGCCAAACCAAAUAAUUCAAUUUUAAGCAUGAUAAAAGGAAAAAUUAUUUAAGAAAGAAAAGAAAAAAAAGAAAAAGAGAAGAAGAAGCAACAACUUAUUGAUGAUCUUCAUUAUUAUAAAAUAUUUGCUGAUAAAUAUAGUAGAUUAACAAUUGAGUGUGUGGAUAACAUAUAUAAAUUAAUAGGGGAUAAUCAAGGCAGUUAAGCGACUGAUAGUGAUUAAAAAAUAGAUGACUUAAGAGAUAGUCAAAUUAUACGUGAUAAUUUGUAGAGAAGCGAAUAAAACCUAAAAACACUAUAAGAGAGAGGAUCAUGUCUAUCUCAAAUGUAAUAAUAGCAGUAAAAAAAUUAGCUUGAAGAUAUAAUUGAGAGUAAGGAAUAAUAGCAUAAAGUGAGUAUUGAUAAUAGUCAUAAUUUAAGUAAAGUAAAUGUAGCCAAAGACAUUAUAGUAUCAAGGACAAGUUAAAUUCCUUAUUCUUAAAAUAGUAAUAAAUCUAAUUACUUCCUUGAAGUUGAAAUUAAUGAAAACAAAAUGAGAGAUAAUGGGAAUUUAAGAAGUAGAAACAGCACAUUAUCUUAAAUGGCUUAAAAUUAAGAAGUAAAAACAUAUUCAUCAACAAUGUAUGGGAACUCAAAUUAACAAUAGAAAAGAGUUAGCUUAAUCAAUUAAUUGCAGAAUUAAUAAAAUAAACUUGAUGACUCUUUAAAAAAUUUUUUUAAAGGAGAUGGAAUACUUUACAAAACAUUUUAAAGAAACAAAAGUUAAUCAAAAAGUCAUAAAAAUAACAGCAGUUUUUUAUAAUCAACAGCAAACACUAACCUUAACUUUACAAACAAAACUCCUUCGAGUAAAUAAAACUAACUUUCUACUAGCAAUAAUAAUGUGAAUAAAAAUACUAGAUCUGUUAGUUCUGAAAUAUAAAUAAAUUCUAACAUAAGCAAAACCCCAAAACAAUUUUCUAAAACUUAAAAUAAUUUCAAUAAUCGGUUUUUAACACCUUAAAAAGUAAAAUAAAUAGAUAAACAAAGUUAUACCAAUACUAAAACAAAUUAAUAUUCUCAUGUAGCUCAUUCAAUAAAUUAUGAAAAUAGCUAUGAAACCAAGCAGUUAAAUAAAAAUUAUCAAUUUUUAAAUUAAAAUAGCUUGUAUAAUACCACAAACUACAAAAAGGAUUACAACUAAAGUAAAACUCCAAAAGAAUAAUCAAGUUUCUUAAGUACAAAAAAUAGAUACUUAACACCUGAUAAAAAAAGUAUUAUCGAUUAAUCAAUUACAUCAAAUUAUUAAGAUAUCAACAUAAGAAAAUCUAUCAACUAUGAUUUUGAGGAUUAGCAAUCAUGUUACAUGACUUUAAAAUAAAAUCCAAAUAAACAAAUGAAAAAUAAUUACAUUAACCCAUCUAAAAACAUAGGAAAUACUUAAGAUAAAAAUUAAGAAAGUCCUACUUUUACCAAUUAUACCCAUCAUUCAGAGAAUAAAAAUAGCUUAAUUUUAAAUAAUAUAAGAUCAAAAAGGGAAUCUUAGAUUCAAAACGAUAAAAAUAAUAUGAGUUAUAUUGAUCCAUAAUUCUAGGAAAAAUCAGAUGUCCAUCACAGAAGUGUUAUGUAUGCAAUGAAAACCCUUAAAAAAAAAUUUGGUUUAAAUAAAGAAAAAGUUUAAAAUAAAUCUUCUAAAUUAGACUGA